AUGGGCAAGAAGCGGAAGGCGAGGGCGCCGAUCGGACAUUUGAAUAGCGCUGUCGAGCAAAACGACACCUUCAAUGACUCGGAAGAUGAUUUCGUUACGGGUCGCGAGAAGAUCCUGCUCGAUGAAGGCCCUGCGGCGAAACGACGGCGAAGACUCGAGGAGGAGGAUGCGGAGCUGUUGCCCUCCGAUGAAGAAGUCUUUGGCGAUGGCCUUGUCUCCGACGACGACGACGACGCCGAAGACCUACUAGAUGAACCCGAUGACGACGCCGGCGAGGCCGCGGAUGAGGAAGAAGACGAACGAUACUGGGGCGACAAGCGAGGGGACUACUACGGUGCCGAUGAGAUCGAAGACGAGCAGGAUGCACUUGACGAAGAGGCCGAGGCGCGGCGACUGCAGCAGAAGCAGCUCCAGAACAUGACCGACGCAGACUUUGGCUUUGAUGAGAUCGCCUGGGCGCAGGCUGAGGGACAACAAACCACCACGAGCACCACCGAAAAGCUGCCGCCAGUUCGAAUCUCCGAGACUGCCACAGACGAAGAGCGCCUGCAAAUCCUGAACACCCGAUACCCUGAGUUCGAGCCUCUGUCGAGCGACUUGCUUGCCUGCAAUGCCGAGUAUGAGGAGUUGAAGGCGGUGGCGAAGAAGCAGUCGAAGAGCCAGGCUUCAUCCAAGCAAGUUCGCCUGUGGGCAGUCUCGGCGUACAUGGCUGCGAUUGCAAUGUACCUGGCCGUUCUUACGUCGACGAAAGACGGUAUUGCCCUUCCUCCGGCCGAGCUACGACAGCAUCCAAUCAUGACGAGCCUACUACGCGCAAGGCAAGCCUGGGAGAGGACCAAGGAUCUGAAGAGUGAGAAAGAGGCCGAAGCAGCCCAGCCUACAUCAGCACCGCCUGUGCAGCCUCCUCCAAAAACCACUAUCGCGAAUGGUAUACACAAGCCGUCCAAAGUGUCUCAGAGGGGCCCAGACGCAACGGCAACAUCAGUAAAGACGAUCAAACCGAAGAAGCCAAAGACAAUCACGUCUGCAUCAGUCUCAGAGCCCGGUAUAGCCGACGCACGUGUUCCGAAGAAAUCCGCAGCGAGUACCUCCAAGCCGAAACGAACCACCAUCGAAAAUCUGCUCGCGCAGUCCGGCCCGGCCAAAGACGAAGACGACGAGUCUGACUUCGGCGACGAAGUAGCGCUGACCGCCGAAGAAGCAGCGGCUAAGGCAAGCAAGAAGAAGUCCCUACGCUUCUACACCUCCCAGAUCGCCCAAAAAGCCGGCAAGCGUGCUUUUGCAUCGCGUCAAGCCGGUGGCGACGAUGAUCUGCCUUACAAAGAGCGCAUCCGAGACCGACAAGAGCGUCUCAAGCGCGAGGUAGAGCAAGACCGCGCUGAGCAAGCAGCCAUGUCCGACGGCGGCGCCAGCGAUGCCGACUACGACGAGAACGAUCUAGCCUCAAAGAUGAACAACGACGCCAACGAAUACUACAACGCUCUCACGUCCGCCGCCUCCGCCAAGAAGACUGACAAACUCGCCCGCGCCGACGCACACGCUCUCGCUGCACAGCAGGGUGCCCAAGUCUACGAAGAAGAGACCGUCGGUCCAGACGGGAAGAGGAAGAUAACAUACGCCAUCGAGAAGAACAAGGGUCUGCAGCCCAGACGGAAGAAGGAAGUGCGGAAUCCCCGAGUCAAGAAGAAGAAGAAGUUCGAAGAGAAGAAGAAGAAGCUGGCUAGUAUGCGACCCGUGUACAAGGGCGGGUUGAAGGGCGCGUAUUCCGGAGAAGGAAGCGGGAUCAAGAUGAACGUUGUGAAGAGCGUGAAGCUGUAG